AUGGAGGACCGGCAUGGGCCAGAUGACGGCCGAGAUGAGGAGGAUGAUUUAUGUUGUGACUACGAAAAGGAAGUCAAGUGCGAAUUUUUAGACCCACGAUUCCUUGCAGUAACUGCACUGGAUAGUGAACACGCUGCUUUGGAUUACUUCUACCAGAGCCCAUUCUACCUCAAAUAUAGGGAACUGGCACUGAAUGAAUAUGUACGGGCUGGAACGCCAGUAGACAGUGAACAUGUUGGACUCAUGUUCCAGGUUACAUAUAGUAACCUUGAUGAUAUCGCAGAAGCACUCAAGAAUCUACCACCACUGGACGAAUUAGCACGAAUACAGUACUAUUCAAACGCUGCUAUAUUCCACAUAACACUAUUCUCGAGAAACCUGGGACGAAACGGAGUGGCGACAACUCCCGUCAAGGUUUACUACAUAAUGCAGGGAUCAAUAUUUGUAUGCCCUCUAUUCGGAUCACUCAUACGGCGCCAUUUGCAUCAGGCAGUCGAACAGUUCGAAAAGUUCUACGACACUAUCAACAACAUAAGUAGAUGGUCAUUAGCCAACGGGUACUCAUGGGAGCCAAAACAGAGGGCGCUGGAUGUACAAAUAGAGAAUUUGUGCCAUAGAUACGGAUUCAAAGAGGAAAAUGAUCAAGGUUUUACCAAAGAAGGGGGGAUGAACCUAUUUUUCCUCAAACCACAGGACCGUAUUGCUAAUCGUGUGGCUCAUGACGAAAUACAAAGGAUGGCCAGAAGGCUUGCAGAAGUACACAAAAAAGCAAUGGAAAAUAGCGCCAGCGGCGCAAGACAAGACCAACGAAUAAAAAACACAACAAACCGCACUUAA